AUGGCAGUCAAUUAUUUAAACGAAAUUAUUUCAAUAUUUCUUCAAAGAAAUGUAAAUGAACUCAGCGAUAAUGAUUUAAGUACUGCCAUCAGAGCUCAAGGCAAAACUUGUUCAACUGAAGAGAUACGUCGCGUUGUACAUUCAUUAAGUUCAUCUAUGUUUCACUUAUACCAUAACCACGAGAACAUAUUUCUUGUUCGAAUUGAACUUAGAAUUAAUAUAUGUAAAGAUUUUCUCGCUGGUAAAUGUAAUUUCAAAACACGAGGAUGCAAUCAACUUCAUCUAUGUCGUUAUUUUGGUCAUUGUCAUAAAAAAGAUUGUCACUUUCCACAUGAUUUUACUCAUGGAAAUAAUCGACGUAUUCUUGAACAAUCGAACUGUCUAAAUGUCAAUCCAAUACUACUCACUUCGACUACUUCUCCUGUUGUUUCAAAAACACCAGAUAUGACAUCAUCAUCAUCAGUACAGCCGAAACCUAUUGCAAAAGUGUUUGAGAGAAGCAAACGUACUCAUUCAAGACGAAGAUGUCGAGAUGGCAUGUCUAAUAGAGUUGCUGGUGAAAAUAAUAUUCCUCGGCCGACAUUUCUAUCAUCAGAAUUAGACACAAAUUCUCAAAUUGAUAUAUGUUUUUCAUCAACAUCAAUUGCUCGUCGUAUUACCAUCGAGGAAAUCGUAGAAUUCUUAAAACUACAAGGUCUAACUGUCCAAAACGUACUUAAUUCGAAGGAAAAUGAACAUUUUCAUCAAUGCACACUUCAAUUCCAAGAGAAAAACGUUGUAGAUAAUAUUUUAGCACAACCUAGUAUUCUAUAUCAAGGUAUCCAUUUAAAAUUUAAAAGAACGAACCCAUUAAUCGAUCAAAAAAGUUUCGUACUUCAAUCAAGAAUCGAUUCUAAACGAGGUCCAAUUACAAAAGAGAAGUUUUCGCUUUAUACUGAUUUAUUAAUUAAUCACUGUCCAUUCAAAUUCACCGAUCUUUCAUCGGCACAGCAACAGAUUCUACUAAUUCAAUGUGAUAAUACUAUUGAUUUUAACCAGGCUCGUCGUGUACAGAAGUCAAGAAGACAAUUACAAGGAACAGAUAUCUCACUGAAACAAGUAUAUGAAUUAGAUAAGGCUAUUGUUGAAUCAAUUCAUAAUCGACUGUCGAUUGAAAUUAUUGAAAAUAUUAUUGAAUCAUUUCUUCAUGAUGUCUUUACAUUUACUGUUCAAUCAAGUCAAACAGUACUUAUCGAAUUUAUCAAUGCUGAUAGUUUGAAAAAGUGGCUAUUACUUACCGAUAUAACACAACAAAAAUUCGGCGUUAAUAUCAAACUUGAUGUUAAAUGUGUUGAUGAAGAUGAUUAUGUCGAUGACAAUAGCGCUGCUUCUUGCUCGUCAAGUGAUAAAUUAUUGCCAAAAUCAAACGAACGCAGUAUACUUUCACAAGUGACAGUUUAUCUUCGUCGAGGUUGGGCAAUGGUUGUUAAUCAUCCAACGUUCAGUAUUGAAUACAAGAAUUACAUACGUAAGUCAAUUAACAGAAAUCUUCAUACCACACCAAUACAUAUAGAUUCGCUCUGA